AUGGCCACUGGCAUACGUGCCGAUUGGUUUGAGCGUUGGCGCAAAUGGCAGGACGACAGCACAUCUAUUGUUUAUGAUGCUCCGGCCGGGCUCCAUGCGCAGUUAAGGCCGUAUCAGCAGAAGGGUUAUGAAUGGAUGUUGCUGCUGGCAGAGACGGGCGCGGGUGCCUGCCUGGCCGAUGAUAUGGGGCUUGGCAAAACACUCCAGACCAUUGCCUUCCUGUUAAGGCAAUAUGAGAUGGUGCCUAAUUCCAGGUUCCUGAUUGCGUGCCCUGCCUCGCUGAUCUAUAACUGGCAACAGGAGUUUGAAAAGUUUGCGCCUGCCCUGAAGAGUUUUAUUUACAACGGGCCAAACCGUAAUGCAGAAGCAUUUCAUGGCUCCGGUGCAUCGGUACUGAUCUGCAGUUAUGGUACGCUACGCGCUGAUAUUGAACAGCUGAAAAUCAUUACCUGGCAGGCGGCGAUUAUGGAUGAAAGCCAUAAUAUUAAAAACGUGAGCUCGCUCACUACCCGCGCGGCAAGCCAGCUGACGGCGCAUUGCCGUGUAGCGCUCAGCGGUACACCGGUGAUGAACAAUACCUUUGACCUCUAUGCCCAGCUCAACUACCUGCUGCCCGGCUUGUUUGGCGGGCAGGAAUUCUUCCGGAAAGAGAUUUGCAUCAUCAUCCGUAUCGUAAUACAACGGGAAUUUAGCGGUCUGGCCAUUCGUCACAUCAUCAUUCCGGACAUCCCAGCCCUUCACUUUUCUCCGGUUCACUGUCUGUGUCAGGCGGUAGCAGUUACCGGUUUCAAUAGGAUCGGUAUAAUACGGCUUGGCAUAAAGAUCGUCACCACCAAAUACCGAUUUCUCCGUGCCGAUAGAAUCGAUGGCAACGGGCUUAGGCAUCACCGAGCGGGAUGUAAAUACGCGGCCAUUGGCAUUGAUAUAAAGGCUGUAAGCAUGCCCGGACACACCGGGUAUAUUGCUGGUCUGCUUUUCGCCGGCCUUCCAGCUAUUGUUGGCAUAAACGGCAUUCUCCCAGGAGUAGUUCAGCGGCUGGCUGGGCACACUUACAUUACCACGGUAUUCACCGGGAAUAAUGAUAGGGCCCGUACCGUAAAGCGCUUCCUGAUGAACUAUGGCUUUCCGGAAAAAAACAUUACCGUUUGCAUUGGCAAGGGCAAAGUGAUUCGCGGCGCUACCAGCACGGAUGACGGCUUUGCCCGCGACCGCCGUGUAGAUAUUGUUAUGAAUGCACCGGCACCCGUUGCUGAACCGCUACAACUUGGUUCGCUACCGCAGCCGGUUGCAGCACCACCGCCGCCUGUAAAAAUGGCCAAACCAACACAAACAGCCAAGGAAUCGGCAGGCACCGUUGCUAUAAAAAACGAAAUCAAUCACUUAAAAAAAGACGAAGUAAUG